CGCGGCGCAGGCGCCAAGUCCGCGAGACGUCGGAGCUCCGCGGGCGCAGGGAAAAUGGCGGAGUACUUGCAGGUGAUGAAGAGGGCGUUGCAACAGCUCGGUGGACAUGGUGGCAUUCGUGGUGCUAUGUGGCAGCUGCUCAGGGUUAAUGAUCUGAAGAUUGGUACUCUAGUAGGGAUCGAUAAGUAUGGAAACAAAUACUAUGAAGACAGAAGAUUUUUUUUGGGUCGUCAUAGGUGGGUCAUAUAUACUGGUGAAAUGAAUGGCAAGAACACAUACUGGGACUUAGAUGGAAGCAUGAUACCUCCUGAAUGGCAUCGUUGGAUUCACUGUAUGGUAGAAGAGCCCCCAACAACACAUCCACCAGUGAGUCGUAAAUUCAUUUUCCAAAAUCAUAAAAUAAAUGAAAGUGGUACUCCUAGACAGUACGUACCAUACUCUACAACACGUAAGAAAAUACAAGAGUGGAUUCCACCAUCUACACCUAGCAAGUGAAAGAAAAAAAAGUGAUUUCCAAAGAAAAUAUUGUUGGUGUGUAUCUUUAUUUAAAAUAAAGGCUUUGAUAAAAA